UUACAAUCAAUUACAAACCGUGUGUAGCCAUGAAGUACUUAGCCUACCUUAUAGUUACCUUUUUCGCGUUCCUUUCGGUCGCUGCUACGACGGACUUUGUUCCGCCUCAGGUGUGGAAAAACACCAAGUACGACAGAACGGUGCAGUUAAUAAAGUCAUACGUUAAGGAGCAGGUGACGGUCACCAUCGCCAACACUGGUUCCCAGCCAAACCAGUUUUACUUCUUUGCGCUUCCACAGGAUGUUAUUGCGGACUUGUCGAUCAUCUCGGUUGAGCUCGCGGUCGGCAAGGAGCUGGUGCCUGCGACCAUUCACCCCGAAACCAACGGCAACGUCGGUUUCGUCCGCGUGCAAUUGCCGGUGCCUAUCUCGCCCAAGUCAUCCAUCAAGAUCAGCGUGACUUAUAUCUACACCAACCACCUCACCCCAGCGUUGCCUAAGAUCUACUUCGAGGACGAGCACAUGGUGGUGUUCCGCUCGUACAAGCUUCCGUUGGCCGCUUACGAAACCACAAACUACAACUUCGAUGUCAUGGGUGUGCAGUUGGCCAAGACCCAGGAGAUUGCUUCUGCCGAAUACGACGCCCAGAACUUGGAGGCGGACUUCCGUCGCGACCGGAUUGUGUACACCGGCGAUGGAUCCGUCGCCCCGCUCACCUUUAUGCCCGUGACGCUCACCUUUGAACGCAACUUUCCGUUGCCACGUGUCUACAACUUGAACCGUGACGUAUGGGUAUCGCACUCCGGGGAGUCAGUCUCCUUUGAGGAGUACUACGAGUUGGGAAACGAUGCGUCUGCAUUGAACAGGGGCUUUUCCAGAAUUGAGUGGAUGCAGGCGCGGAUGGCGCAAAGGCACUCCUUUGCCAUCACUGGAUUGGAACUCGCCACCUCGCCUAACGCUAGAGAGCUCUACUACACCGACUUGGUCGGAAAUGUGUCCACCUCUGCGGUUCCCGAGGAUGGCAACAUGUACAUCAAGCCGCGGUUCCCGCUCUUCGGGGGCUGGCACUAUAACUUUACCGUCGGCUGGUCAACCGACUUGGCACAGUAUUUGAGGGUUGCGGGUAAGGACACUUACGUCAUGAAGGUGCCGGUGCUUGCGGGCUUGCGCGACUGCACGUACGACAAUGUCCGUCUCAGCUUCUACUUACCGGAGGGCGCGGUGUUGACCGACGUGGCGUCUGCCGUUCCGUACUCUGAGAAGAUCGUGGAUCUCCUUGAGUUGUCAUACCUUGACACCAAGGGUCACACCAAAGUGACGUUGGUGUACGAAAAUGUCGUUGACGAGUUGAGGAGCGCGGACGUUUUACUCACCUACGAGUACGACUUUAACGCCCGUUUGAGGAAGCCGUUCACCGUCGCUGCGUACAUCUUUACGGCUUUGUUCAGCUACUUUGUCUUGACCAAGAUCAACCUUGCCAUUCGGCCGGAGAAAGCCAGCUCGAAAGCAACAUAAGUAAAAUUUAAAAGUUAUACAGACCUAGAUACUAUAUGUAGAUUAUAAGAGAUGUGCAAGGUAAGGGCAUAUCUUUGGAAAUAGCUCGGCGUCACCCCGGGCGGAGCUGACGUGCCAAAAUACACUCUUGGACUUCAAGCCAUAGCAUCCAAA